AUGCUGGGAGGGCAGUGUCAGCUGGGUCCAGAGCUGCUGAGCUGGGGCAGCAGAGAGCUGGGCCACGAUGGGCAUGGCCGACCAGAGGCGAUCGCCAACGAGGAGGGCCCGCUGCGGCCGUUUGCACAGGGCUGCAUGGGGAAGGUGAAGCUGCUGGCUUGUGGAUCCAGUCACUCCGUUGUGUCUACAGAUGACAACAGGAUCUUUGCCUGGGGCAAUGGCACCAGUGGACAGCUGGGCGAUGGAGGGAAGACGGUUAAGGACCAACCGGUGGAAGUCAUCUUGCCAAAGCAACAGGCAGGCUUAGGAUGUGACCUACGUGUGGGUGGAGUCUCUGUUGUGGGAGUAGCCUGUGGAAGCAGACAUUCCUUCGUUUGGACCGACACUGGGCAGGCCUACAGCUUCGGGAACAACUUCUACGCUCAGCUUGGCUACGACUUCAAGAGGCCAGACUACAAGGAGAACCAGCUGACACCGCAUCUUUUCCGGACGCUUCCGGCUCCCCGCCUGAGGGUGGCCUGCGUGGCCUGCGGGGAACGACACACGGUCUUUGCGCUGGAGGACGGACGCGUGGCGGCGUGCGGGAUGAACGAAUACGGUCAGGUCGGCGGUGACUCCAGCGACUGCGUGGUCGUCCCCCGCUUCGUGGAUGGUUUGAGCCAUGUCUCUAAGGUCGCCUGUGGAGCCAACCACUGCCUGGCUCUGACAGGUGAAGGUGUAUUGUUCCAGUGGGGCUUUGGGAGCGCGUGUGGGAACUUCUCCGGGAACAUCCUGCGGCCGGAGGAAGUGAUGUCGUCGCCCUCCCCGGUGAGGGCCAUGGCUGCCGGAUCCUCCCACUGCUUGCUGCUCACUGGUAGGACGAACCGCGGCUCUCUCUUUCCCGUUGGUGAAUGUCAUGCAUCGUUUAUUCCCUGUACCGCUGCAGGACUGCAUGCGCAGUACACAUACUAAUAUGGUACACACUAAUAAACCAGUUUCUACACUCGUACUACGUAUGUGUGUGAAGACUUUCACGUAUAGCGCGGUGUGCUCCGUGACCUUAAUGAACUCUCCAGUGGGUGUAAAUAUUCAGUGUCUCGUGUGACGAGCACUCAAACCCCCUCCCUUCUCCCACACCACCAGCGACGCCGUAAAAACACUCACUCACGCACGGACACACACACACUCACACCCGUGCGCACACACACACACACACGUACACAAGGCAGGAUGACGUGGUAGUCUGAGUGCGUUCGGUGCCCGUCGGUUCCCCAUCCCUCAUGGCCCUCCCAGGCCCAUUGAGGCUGCGUAAACACAGGCUGGAGGCCACGUCUGCUCUUUCACCUUAACCGUGGAGAACUUCAAAGUGGCUUCUCCACGCGCGGCAGAUGAAUGCGCCCCUGUCUUCCCUGGCUGAUGUAUGACACCCCAGUCGCGGUCCUUCUCUCGACCGGUGUGUGUGUGUGUGUGUGUGUGUGUGUGUGUGUGUGUGUGUGUGUGUGUGUGUGUGUGUGUGUGUGUGUGUGUGUGUGUCUGUGUGAGGUUAGGACCGAGGCCCCCCCCCCCUCAGCCCCCAUCAUUGAGCCGGUCGGGGAGAGCAGGGGAGAAGACAACCAUUUGUUAGCUUAGCAGUGUCGGCGAAAACCGCGCCUUUAAUCCUGAAGGGACGAGAGCAUUAAUCCUUUUAAAAACAACACGUUGUUACGCGCCACUUUUCCUGUGUUGCUAAUUCCGUCCAUUAUUAACCCUAUUAAAAAGUGUAAUACAAUUUAAGUAGAGUGCUAAAAGUGGAUCAUUUGUUGCUCCGUUCCUUCAGAAUUAAUUCUCACUUUAUGAUCUAAAUGAUUUAACGGAAGGAGUUGCGCUGCUAAAUGAGGUUCUUAAACAGGCAUGCAUACAUUUACACACAUUAAUACCAGCCUUUACGAGCAGCCGCGGAGAUGUUUCUGUCAAAGUGGACACACACACCCAAUCACGCACGCUAAUGCACCCCUACACACACACACACACGGGAACACACACAGUAUGUAGUAUUUGCUCUUCUAAGUCCUGUAAUGUCCCUGGUUUGAUCCCCAGCUCCAUUCUGUCAUGAGGGAACAGAAAUAUCCAUCUCCAAUCAGACUUUAAUGAAUAGCCUGAUGAGUGUCGUGCUGAACUGAAUUACCAGAAAGAUGUAGGAAGUGUGUGGGUCCAUGUGUGUGUGUCUAUGUGUGUGUGGGGGGGCAUGUAUCGAUGUGUGUUUAUGUGUGUAUCCGUGUGUGAGUGCAUGUGU